GGAUAAUCAUUUAUUCAACACUUUCAUUUUGUUUCAGCUCUAUCUGUCUUUCUAUCUCUCUCUCUCUCUCUCUCUCCCUCUCUCUCUAUCUAUCUAUCUAUCUUUCGACCAUUGAUCGGUCAAUCAUUGAUCUAUAGAUAGAUAGAUUUACAUACAUGCACACUCAAACGUAUUUUUUUCAUAGGACAAUUUACCAAGCCAAUGCUACUUAAGUACUGAGACACCAACUUUAGGGAAUCCAGAAUCGACUUCCAGAGUUCUAAGGAUAUUCCAACCAUUCAGAAACCUUCUGGAGGUUUUCCAGCUUUUCCAGAGGAUUUGGAAGUGGUCCUCCAGGUGAUGUCUUUCUGAGGCUCACAGCCACCUGGAUACGCACACAGAGAAAUCGUGUCUACACACGCACACACACCCAGUCGCAGACACGCACGCACAUCAAUCGUCCCUCCUCAUAGCACUGAUUGAGUAGCAGCAAGCAGAGACGUCAACUGACCAAUUUUGGUGAGAAGAACUUGCCUGGUCAGAAGGGAAUGCAACUCGGCGCCACGUGUUGCCCGACGGACCACAACACCACCACCUCUGCUGCUGCCAUUCGUCAUUUGAUCAAGGCCGCCACGCCUUCCACUGUUGACUUGCGUUUUCAUCUUUGUUGGGAAUUUGGUGGCCACAUUGAGUUUCGUGAUAGAAGUCAUGUCUCACGUAGAGAAUGGAUGGUUCCAUGAAAUACACAACUACAUGGACCUGGGAAUCAGUUUGGCAGUUGAAAUUGAAGAAGUUCUCUUCCAGGGCAAGUCUGAUUAUCAAGACAUCCAGGUAUUCCGAAGCAAGAAAUUUGGCAACAUGUUAGUGUUGGAUGGCCUCAUCCAGUGCACCGAGUGGGAUGAAUUCGCCUAUCAAGAGAUGAUCGCUAAUCUCCCUCUUUACAGCCACCCUAAUCCAAAAAAGGUCCUUGUUAUCGGUGGUGGUGAUGGUGGAGUCCUCCGUGAAGUGGCCAAACACCCAAUGGUCAAGCAGAUUGUCUUGUGUGAGCUGGAUGAAAAAGUUAUCGAAGUGUCCAAACAGUUCCUACCCAAAAUGGCUCUUGGUUUUAGCCAUCCAAAGGUGACCGUGUGUAUCGAAGAGGGCACCAAAUACAUGCAGCAGACUGAAGAUCGUUUCGAUAUCAUUAUAAACGAUUGUACAGAUCCUGUGGGUCCAGGGCUUGGUCUUUAUUCCAGAAAAUUCUAUGAAAACAUUCACAAAGUCUUGAAUCCAGGAGGAAUUCUAUGUUCUCAAGGUGAGAGUCAGUGGUUUGAUCAUCUCCUGCUGAAAGACAUCAUAACAUUUGCCAAGGAACUCUUCCCAAGGGUCGCCUAUGCUUAUGCCCCAAUGCCAACCUAUUUAGGGGGACAAAUUGGUUUCAUUCUCUGCAGCAAGAACCAGGAGACAAAAUUUAGUGAACCAGUCCGGUUUCUCAGUGACAAAGACCUGGAGGUGUUUGGCAUGAAAUAUUAUAAUUCCGAGAUCCACAAGUCAGCAUUCUGUCUUCCACAGUUCUCCAAACAUAGACUUGGACUGUGAAAUGACGGUCAUGUAGCACUAUAAACCAACAUGUAGCAAUAUUAAUUUAGCCAUAGACCAAUGUAAUUGUAAGCCAUGUAGCUCUGUAAUAUUUCAACUGCAAUAAACAUCACUGACCAACAAUGCA